UGCCAAGUGCUGCAGAGUCUUAUUCAAAUUGAAUUUGGGCAAAUGUGGACUGGAAUCCAACCUACACAUCUGAGCCUAGAGUAUGAGGUAAUGGUUUCCACCUAUAUCUAUUUUCUCUGCCUGUAAGGUGACUCCUGAUACUUUGACCAAAACUCCCCUCAUACUGCAUCGCGGGUGUGAUAGUUGAUUCUAAGGGGGAGCGCAAAGCAUCAGGAGAAGGCUAGUCUUAAGGCUUUAGACACAGAAAAGCCCAAGCAGUUGGGGAUUCCCUUUCAGACAGAGUCAGAGCCACAAAGCACCAAGCAGGACUCCAGGAAAAGGAAAGCUGCAGGUGUGUUUGUACGGGGCUGGGGGGUGGUGACCCUCCACCCUCACCUACACACGCCCUCCCUCUCCUCGGGAGGUAUAAAGGCUCUCCGUCAGCCACUCAACUACACUUCUCCACCAUGAAUCCACUGCUGAUCGUUGCCUUUGUGGGAGCUGCUGUUGCUUUUCCCACGGACGCUGAUGACAAGAUCAUAGGGGGCUACACCUGUGCAGCGCAUUCUAUCCCCUACCAGGUGUCCCUGAACUCCGGCUACCACUUCUGCAGGGGCUCCCUCAACAGUGACCAGUGGGUGGUGUCCGCGGCUCACUGCUACAAGUCGCCUUUACUGUGCUUCGCCCGCAAUGGCCGCCUCCAGGCGAGGCUGGGAGAGCGCAACAUCGACGUCCUGGAGGGCCGUGAGCAGCUCGUCGACGCGGCCAAGAUCGUCCGCCACCCCAGCUCCAGCAGCUGGACUCUGAACAGGGACAUCUUGCUGAUCAAACUCUCCUCGCCUGCGGUCAUUGAUGCCCGGUCCACCUUAGCUCUGCCCAGCGCCUAUGCGCCCGCUGGCACCCAGUGCCUCAUCUCCGGCUGGGGCAACACCCUGAGCUCUGGAGUCAACUACCCCGAGCUGCUGCAGUGCCUGAGUCAGGCCGAGUGUGAAGCCUCGUACCCUGGACAGAUCACUGACAACAUGGUCUGCGCCGGCUUCCUCGAGGGAGGCAAUGAUUCGUGCCAGGGUGACUCUGGCGGCCCUGUGGCCUGCAACGGAGAGCUCCAGGGCAUUGUUUCCUGGGGCUCUGGCUGUGCCCAGAAGGGCAAGCCCGGGGUCUACACCAAGGUCUGCAACUAUGUGGACUGGAUUCAGCAGACCAUCGCUGACAACAGCGAAAGCCCCCGCCCCUCUGCCAUCAUUAUGCUAAUAAAGUGACUCUUCUCUAACU